CCUCUCUACCUGUGUGUCAAUAACUUUGCGGGUAAUAUGUACACGUACGUAAAACAGCUUGCCAGAUUUAAGUUAGCAAAUUCUCUUGCAAAUUUCAAGUUUCUGUAAAACCCAUAAUGUCGACAAAACGUUCUGCACCGACAAAGCACUUGCAGUCGGGCCCAAAAGGCAGAGGAAGAUGGUCACUGUCGCAGAACCUUUUAUAAGAAUCUUUUUGCCCAGAAGAAAAAAGAGCAACAACAGCUACCAAUGACUAUGUUCUUCCCCGAACAAACACACCUGCACCGCGGGCUUUAGGAGACAACAACGCGACAGAGCGGAGCCAGAAGAGCCGCGAAAUGCAGUGAACCCGGUCGGCCCGAGGGCAUGGCGGUGCAGAUAGAAGUCAUGGAGGAGGAGGAGGAAGACGAAGACGUUUCAGCAAAGUAACCUGCUGUUCGUCUGAGUUCAGGUGUUUCUGAACCAGACAGGAAGCUCCACCUGAUCAUCCAGCCAAUCAGAGAUUGGUUUCCAUGGUGACCUGACCUAUGACCUCCCCGGCUGGGUGUUGGUUCUAUGCCAGCUGGGAGCUGAACCAGGAUCAGCCGCUAAAUUUACCUCAGAUUACCAGCAGAGCCGUUGCUGAGAGGACCGUCAGACCGCAGACAACAACAUGUCCCUUAGCAACACCGCCGGACCUGGACCCGGAACCGGACCCGCCUGGAAGAAUCACAGCUUCAGCACAGGGGGGGGCAGGGACCCCCCUCUAUCUGACCAGGGAGAGACUAUCAUCGGGGUCUACCUCCUGCUGCUGGGUUGGAUGUCCUGGUUUGGGAACAGCAUCGUCCUCUUUGUCCUCCUCAGACAGAGAGCGUCUCUGCAGCCCACUGACUACCUGACCUUUAACCUCGCCGUCUCCGAUGCCAGCAUCUCCGUGUUUGGCUACUCCAGAGGCAUCAUUGAGAUCUUCAACGUCUUCCAGGACAGCAGCCACCUUGUCUCCUCCGUCUGGACCUGUCAGGUGGACGGGUUCUUCACGCUGGUGUUUGGUCUCAGCAGCAUCUACACCCUGACGGUGAUCAGCUUCACCCGUUACAUUAAAGGGUGCCACUCCACCAGAGCUCAUCGAAUCACCAGGAGCUCUGUCUUCGUCUCUCUGCUCUGCAUCUGGGUCACAGCUGUGUUCUGGUCUGCAGCGCCGCUCUUAGGCUGGGGCAGCUACACAGAUCGGGGGUACGGUACUUGUGAGAUCGACUGGUCCAAAGCCAGCUACUCUGCCGUCUACCGGUCUUACAUCAUCUCCAUCUUCGUCUUCUGCUUCUUCGUGCCGGUCCUCAUCAUGCUCUUCUGCUACGUGUCCAUCAUCAACACGGUGAAGAGGGGCAACGCCCUUUCUGCCAACGGAGACCUGACCGACCGGCAGAGGAAGAUCGAGAGAGAUGUCACCAUCGUCUCCAUAGUGAUCUGCACGGCCUUCAUCCUGGCCUGGUCUCCCUAUGCAGUGGUCUCCAUGUGGUCCGCCUGCGGUUUCCAUGUACCCAACCUGACCAGCAUCUUCACUCGCCUCUUCGCGAAGUCCGCCAGCUUCUACAACCCCCUGAUCUACUUCGGCCUCAGCUCCAAGUUCCGUAAAGACGUGGCCAUCUUGCUUCCCUGCACCCAGAACGCCAAAGAUGCAGUCAAGCUGAAGCGCUUCAGACCAAAGGCAGAAGGUCACGGCCGCCGUGCUGCAGGAGGAGCCAGACUCAAAGGUCCCCUGAACCGCUCUGAAAAGAAGUACUCCCCGAUGAACCAGAGCCCUCAGGCUGCCACCCCGGGCAGUGGCAAGGAGACGCCGCCGCCUGGCACCGCACCAGCUGAUGCCAAGGAAGUGUUUUUCAUCAACAUGGCCGCUGCGCACCAGGCCAGCUCUGAGUUUGAGUGUGUCAGACUCUGACCAAGCCACCUGAACUCUGAUGCUGCAACUCUGUCUGACCUUAAUCGACCAUGAUCCAGGAACAUUUCCAUCCUCUGGGCCUUCAAAACAGAAGAACCAGGUUGCUUUGACCUUUAACCCCAUCUAGAGACACUCUUGUAAAAGUACCAAAUAAAUUGAAGAGGUCAGGUAAAGAUUUAUCUCUAGAGUCUCAGAUUCAGGUUCUCUGACCUUUAGACUGAGUUUUAUUGAGAAGCUUUUGAUCAUCAAAUGAUGAUUCGAUUCCCUGCUGAGGGAAGUGACCAGCUGCACUUAAAGGGCCGGUAUCGUGUAAAAUUGUACCUUUCCAGCAUGUUAGAAUCAAACCUGGAGUGUUCCCUUGAUUCGUUCAUGUUUGAGAAAUCCCUUCCUUCAGCUGUGCUAAACACCAAGGUGGACCUAGCUCCGCCUUCAAGGCGCAGCUCCUCUCCAGAGCUGCGGCUCCUUCAGACUAGCCAGCAGCAAUUAGUAAAUAUCUGCUGAGUUUAUUGCAGGAGCUGCUGCUUAGAGCAACGCUGGUAAAAACUGUUAAACGUUGAGGAGAGAAAGAGCAGGAAUUGUUAAACAGACAGAGGCCCAAUUUCAAGGUGCUAAAUUAUAAAAUCAAAUUUCUUUCAAGUCAUUUGGGAUCAAUGCAACAUUUUUAUACCAACUGAAGGGAACAACAACUGGAUUAGGCAACAAAUGGCACCAUGUGGCUGGAAAACACAGAAUACUGGCCCUUUAAAUGUCUUUUCUGUCUGGUUAGAUCAGUUUCCUCCUCUGAAGUUUGGGGUACCCCAAGGUUCCCUUUUGGGGCCCAAGCCCUUCUUAUGCUUCCUCUGGGGCCCAUCUAUAGAAAACACAAUCUGUCAUUUCACUGUCAGGUUCUGCUGCUUCCUGUUUCGUUGGGUUUUAAUUCUUUUAUUUCACUGCUUUUGCCUGUUCUUGUGUAACAGGGCUAUAAAAUAAAGAUUGAUUGAACGUAGAAGUGCACUGUGUCUAAAGUUUGGUGGAGGGAUGAUCAUGCAGUGGGGCUGAUUUUCAGGAGCUGGGCUUGGGAUCUUCAUCAUCUUCAUCAGUGAAUCUUCUGCUCUGCUAAUGAAUCAGAAACACACUGAGCUGUAAAAUCUCUGAUUUCAUCAUGAAUAUUUCUCCUCCGCCUGGCUCCCCCUGUCAGUCAGAAGAGGAACUGCAGUGGAGCUGAUGGUGAAAACAAAAUGGAUGAGCUCUCUCCACCGGAAGCGACGCGGAAGUCUGACAUCCUUUCUCCCAGGAAGCUGGAAAGAUCAGAGACGCCGGAGUUUACCGACCAGCCGGAAACAGCCGAAACGGAGAGGAGCCGAGCGGAACAACCUGGCUGCCAUCAUCAAGCAGCUGAGAGGACUCAGCCGCCAUGCAGAGGACAUCUUUGGGGAACUCUUCCUGGAGGCCAGCAGCUUCUACCUGAGGAUGAGCAGGCUGCAGGAGAGGGUGGAGACGCUGGGGUUAAAGGUUACGCAGCUGGACUCCACCGUGGAGGAAGGUGGGAAGUCCGGGGAACGGCUGGGGGACCUGAACACAUCAUCACCUCUGUCAUCAGUGUCCAGUGUCCCUGAAGGACAUCAACCUGACGAAAGCUUUCAGGAGCAGUACCAGCCAAGACCAGCAGGUGGUGUCGCGCUGCUCCAUCCUCACACCGCUGCUGGAGACCUACCAUCGCUGACCCUAAAGAGGGCGACACCGCCUCGCUGAUCCGGGACGGUGAGAAGAAGAAAGCAGCAGGACUACUUGGGACUACUUGGAUCGAUUCUGAAGGAGGCUCGGCAUCGGUUUGCGGUGCUUUGCGCAUGCGCUUGGACUUAUCACGAGGUUUCCUGCAGGCUGACGGUCAGGUGAGGACUUCCGGUCGGGUUCGAAACCAUCAGCAUGACGGUCCAGCUGUGGUGCCUGUCGUUCCGGCAGCCGUAUGCCGGUCUGGUUCUGGACGGGGUGAAGACCGUGGAGAGCCG